AGGUUGAUAAACUUAGUAAUCAUGGAUUUGGAGCCCUUGAUCGGCUUUACUGAAUCAUUUAUUAAGCACGAAAUGUCUGGUAUCGGUACAAUAAACGCUCAGCUUCUGUAGGAGUCACUUGAAAGAAACAAAAACUGCUUUCACUGCUCAACAGUAGAGGAGACGACGAGAUGGCAGGAAACACAAGUACUGUGGAGCAGGGUGGCUUAGCUACCAGCAGAUCUUCAGCAAACCGAGGCCACAGGCCGAGGUACAAGUGUGUGUACGGUGGCCUCAGGCUACCUCACGUCAUCAGAGCUUAACCAACACCUAAGUUGAGACCACUUUGCCUGGCACAGAUACAGUCGGAAAGCUCUAAUCUGAAAUGGACUCAUCGACUGACAACUAUUCAAGAAAGGCUACUUUAAUACAGAUAGCAGUGACUGUGCUGGCCAACACAGGGAUGUUCCUAAGUGGAAUGGUGUUGGGGUUCCCUUCAGUCAUUCUGGGGCCACUUGUUGAAUCAGACAGUCCAGGAUAUCAUGCUAGCAUUGAAGAGGGAUCCUGGAUCUCCAGUGUUGCUUCCAUUUCCUCACCUGUGGGUUGUCUACUGGGAGGUCCCUUAGUGGACAAACUGGGUCGACGCACUGGUCUACAGGUACUCAACCUGCCGAACAUCGCAGGGUGGGUGCUGCUUUCUCUGGUCCCUUUCCCCUUCCAGUCCGUCUACCCUCUCAUAGCCGGGAGGAUGCUGACAGGGUUCGCCGCAGGUCUGGCUACAGCUGCUGCUGCCACCUACACUGCCGAAGUCAUCACUCCUCGGCUACGUACUCUACUUGUGACUGUGUCUCCUGUUAUGAUGGGCAUCGGGAUAUUUACAAUCUAUCUACUUGCUGAUCUUUUCCAGGAUCAAUGGACAAUAGCAGCAACCAUAGGCACAACCAUUAGUAUCAUAUCUAUCGUAUUCACCCCAUUUCUCCCCGAGAGUCCAUUAUGGCUGCUAACAAGAAACAACCCUGAGAGUGCUCUUAAGUCUCUGAUGAUUUUGAGAGGAACAGUCUCCCCCCACAGUGUGGAAGCAGAGUUCAAACAAAUGGUGGACAGCUUAUCGUCAAGGAACUCCAAAAUUACUUGGGCAACUGUAAUUCAAGACAUCAAAAAACCCGAAGCUUACAAACCACUGAUAAUCAUGAACAUGUUUUUCCUCAUUCAGCAGCUGUCUGGGGUCACAGUGGUCAUUGUUUAUGGAGUAAAAUUCGCAAAAGACGCAGAGCUAUCAGAGGACGCCUACACUGUGGCCCUGUUUAUUGGUGUGGUCCGUGUAAUCUCUACUUUCCUCACAACCUGGCUCUGCAACCGCUGGGGACGCAGGAAGCCUGCUGUAGCCAUGGGUGUCGGAGUGACUCUCUCCUUACUGGUCCUCACUGGCUACUUAGCCCUCCGGCACAGUUACCCAAAGACUAUCCCCUCAACUCCAUGGGUCUCCAUCAUCUGCAUACUCGUCAACAUCCUCACCAGCUCCAUCGUCUUCUCCACCAUGCUGUGGUCCAUGCUGGGUGAGGUCUUCCCCACCAAUGUGAGAGGGGUAUCCAGUGGACUGACCUCAUGUUUUGGGUACAUCAUCAGUUUUCUGUCGAUAAAGUUCUACCCCAUUGUAGUGACAGUGGUAGGCAACAUUGCAGUCUUUAGUUUCUUUGGCAUUUCAGCCCUACUUGGUACAGUUUACUUGGCGAUAUUCCUUCCCGAAACACGCGGCAAGUCUCUACAGGAUAUUGAAAAUUAUUUUAAAGGUAAUGUGAUAAAAAGGCCAAAGCUACCUGUCACCCUACAAGAACAAAUUGAGAUGGGGACUUCCAGUGAUGAGUACUCAAGAAAGUCAACUAUUAUACAGAUAGCAGUGACUGUGCUGGCCAACACAGGGAUGUUCCUAAGUGGAAUGGUGUUGGGGUUCCCGUCAGUCAUUCUGGGACCACUGGUUGAAUCAGACGGUCCAGGAUAUCAUGCUAGCAUUGAAGAGGGAUCCUGGAUCUCCAGUGUUGCUGCUAUAGCGUCACCUGUGGGCUGCCUGAUGGGAGGCCCUCUGGUGGACAAGUUGGGUCGCCGCAGAGGUCUGCAAGUGCUCAACCUGCCCAACAUCGCAGGCUGGGUACUACUCUCUCUUGUUCCCUACCCCUUCCAGUCUGUCUACCCUCUAAUAGCCGGAAGGAUGCUGACAGGGUUCGCCGCAGGCCUGGCUACAGCUGCUGCUGCCACCUACACUGCUGAAGUUGUCACUUCUCGUCUGCGCACACUUCUCGUUACUGUGUCUCCUGUCAUGAUGGGCAUCGGAAUAUUCACUGUCUACUUAAUGGCAGAUCUGUUUCAGGAUCAAUGGACGAUAGCAGCUGGAGUUGGAAUGGUUGUCAGUAUUGUUUCCAUGUUGUUCACACCAUUUCUCCCCGAGAGUCCGAUGUGGCUUCUGGCCCGGAGUGAACCGGAAAGGGCUGAAGAAUCCCUGUUGGUCUUGAGAGGAACGAUUUCCCCCAACAUGGUGGAGGCAGAGUUCAAGCAGAUGGCGGACCAUUUAGCUACCAAGAACAGCAAAACCACUUGGGCCAGCACGUUUCAAGAUCUACGCAAACCUGAAGCCUACAAACCACUGAUCAUCAUGAAUAUGUUCUUCCUCUUCCAACAGCUUUCUGGUGUUACAGUGGUCAUUGUGUACGGUGUAAAAUUCGCAAAAGACGCAGAGCUAUCAGAGGACGCCUACACUGUGGCCCUGUUUAUUGGUGUGGUCCGUGUAAUCUCUACUUUCCUCACAACCUGGCUCUGCAACCGCUGGGGACGCAGGAAGCCUGCUGUAGCCAUGGGUGUCGGAGUGACUCUCUCCUUACUGGUUCUCACUGGCUACUUAGCCCUCCGGCACAGUUACCCAGAGACUAUCCCCUCAACUCCAUGGGUCUCCAUCAUCUGCAUACUCGUCAACAUCCUCACCAGCUCCAUCGUCUUCUCCACCAUGCUGUGGUCCAUGCUGGGUGAGGUUUUCCCCACCAAUGUGAGAGGGGUUUGCAGUGGACUGACUUCGUGUGUCGGAUACAUUAUAAGUUUCAUGUCUAUAAAGUUCUACCCGAUCGUAGAGCCGAUUGUAGGGAAUACUGCAGCCUUCGUCUUCUUUGGGAUCUCAGCUCUCGUGGGCACAAUCUUCCUAGCCUUGUUUCUUCCAGAAACACAUGGAAAAACUUUGCAGGAUAUUGAAGACUACUUCAGAGGGUCAAAGAAAUCAAACAAAUCAUCCAGUGAGGUAACAACACCUUAAUAAUUACAAUCAGCAAUGAAAAACAACAAUGCAACUGUGAUAUUCUUUACUUACUUUAUAGAUCAUGUACAUAAUAAACACUUUUUUAU